CACUGUGCCAUAGUCUGGCGAGCGCUUUACGUUAAGCGUGUUGGCUCUAACGCUAUUGUACGCUGGCUCUCCGCUCGGAGGCCCAUUAAUCUGCACAGAAGGGAGAGGCGUUUCGCUGUUACGCUAGCCCAUUGGACGAGCAGUCGAGUGUGUGUACGCUUGUGUUAUUUUAUAAACUGGCGACGGACUGCGUAUGUAUAUAUUCCUUGCUCACUUCACAAAGCAAAGGGCACUACGGCAAGCGCCUUUUAAUAAGUCAACAAAUAGUCGAUAGAUACAGCGAAGCGUUGCAAGAGUUUGUAGAACUGGUGGAAUCGCAGGAAUUAGCUUUGGUACCAGAAGACCGGAUUUAGAAGUGGUGAUUUCCUUGGAUUGUACCGUCUUCAUCAGACCUGAGACAGUUUACCCAUCAGACGACGAGUGAUUUAGCAGACGAUGGUGACGGGAAAACGAUGUGGUGGGUGAUAGCAGUUUUAGGCAGGCCGGUGGAUCGUACCCUUCUUGCAGCUCUGACUGUCGUCUGCACACUUGUGGUAUGUGGGGUGAAGGGAGAAUGUCCCCAGGAUGUCAAAUCGCAGGCUUAUAGCUGCUUCACAGACUACAGUAGCCAGUACCAGAACAUGCAGUACUCUCAGCGGAAGAUGUGCUGCGGCGUCGACGUGGAGACAUUGCGCGCCUUCUGCAGCUCCUUCGUGCAAGCUAUGCAGUGUCUGGACCACCUGAAAGGCAGGUGUCCCGCGGAAAAACACAAGCUGAUCGACCAGACCAAGCAGAACUUGAAGGGGGCGGAACAAGGCUUAAGGGACCUUUGCUCAGAUGAUAAUAUAUAUGAAAAGUAUGCCCGUCACCAAAACUGUUUCGCCUUGCAAGGUUACGUGUCGGAAGAUUGCCUCACCAAGUACAUGAACAACAGCAUCCGGCUUAUGUCAAAGGUCAACCGGAAGACGAUAGACGAACUAUGCCGAGAUAUGAGAAACGCCAUGAACUGCAUCAAACCCAAUAUCCAGGCGAUGUGUGGCGUAGAGGCCUCCAAGCUGGUCGAGAUCCUCAUCAAGCCCAUGGUCAGAGACAGCGCCCAGUGUGACUACAACAUUAUACAUAUAGAGUCAACGGAGAAGCCCCAGCAACACCAGCCAGGCCACACGCCAAGCUCAAUGGAUGAUAAAAAUAAGUACAAAAGUAAAUACAUUACAGACAAUGGCAAUGGUGCCUCGUCACUAGUGACGUCACAGAGACUCCCGGCAGCACUAACGGUUUUACUAAGUGUGAUAAUACUGCAGGCUCGACGCUGAUUGGCUAGCGGAGGAAACAGACGCCAUUAUACCAGCCAGCUAUACGGAUGUAACAUAUAUUAUUUUAUCUACUUGAUUGAAAAGCCAAUAAUGUACAAAUAUCAGUGUUGGAAAACAUUUGACCGCCAACUUUACGAAUGUCCACUGUGCAUGUGUUUGAUGGUGACGUGAAACACCUUCUCUCUGAUUAAUAAUCAACUGCGCAUGUCCGUUCUGAUGCAUAUCCGGUUCACGUACUUUGUACACUGACAGAGAUGAUUACAAAAGUCUUGACUACACGUUGUCCCAAACGUGAAAUUUGCAUACGGUGUUUCUUUGCAAAGAUCGUUUCUUACAAUUUAAUCCAACCUUUUUAAAAUGUUUGGAUGUAGUGUGAUCGACAUAUUGGCAAUUAUGCACAUGAUAUCGGGUUUUUUUCUGUAAAAAGAUAAUUAUGUAAUGGUGCCUUCUCAACCCCAGAUCCAUAACCCCGACAUUAUAAAGGAUUUUCGAAAAACGCAAAAUAUUAUUCUGAAACAUGGACCACUAAAGUUUUGUGUUUAAAACAUAUGACAUCUUUCUUAAAUUGUAAAGUAAUUCAAAUAAAUAAUCAAGUUUAAAAUUUCAAAAAUAGAGAAUUAUUAUGAAUGGUUGAACAAAGUCCUCUAAUAUCUUUUAAAAGUAGUGUAGUAUUGUUAUGCCGACCCUGUAUUUUGUUUUUUUAGUCCAGUAGCAAGUGCGUUUGCUCCUUACGCUGAAAUACCAGGUUCGAUUCCUCAUAGGGUUUCAAAUAAUCCAACCCAAAUUCAUUAAGCCCAUUGAAUCUGUAUUCCUGCUUCUCUUGCAUAAUAAGACUGAAAUAUAAUUCAGCCAGUAUAAUUAUAAACCCGAUAUUGUCUGCUAUCAAGGCAUAAUGCUACUGUAGAUUCAACUGAAAUCUCUCCACAUUGUGCUGUCUUAUCAUCCUCGAUGAUCAAGGGCAUCAUAUCAGAAUUCUAUUAAGAUCAUGCUUGGGACUCAUUCGCUGCCAUAGCUUCGUUUUGAGCCCGAUUCUAGUGGAACGAUGCUAAAGAUGGCCGUCCAAUCAAAUUGCUGUGAUGAGCGAUCGCAUAUCUGUGCUAAGCCAUGGAUAGGCGGGUUCGAGAUGGAGAUAGUUAGGAAGCUAUGGGGACAAAUGACGCCAGAGUAUUUAUCUUAAUUGGAUGCUGAUGUUUCUCCCUGGAUAAUCGAGGAUGAUGUCUUAUAUACAUACGGUGGCUUUGUAUUGCCAGAUUUAUGCUUAUGCUCUAUUUAUAUGGACAAAGAGUACAGCUUCGUUCGACAGUUUCAUUAUUAACUAUGCUUUGGUAAAGGAGCCCAGGAUAUGAUGGUUGUAGUUUUUGUGAUUUAGACGUCCCUGAAAUGGAAAUUUUGGUUCAGGAAAACUGUUAUUGUCACAGAUUACCCAAGCAAGUUUCGUCAAGUUUUGUCCCAAGAAGGGAACGUGCGACAUAUUUUAGUAGUUUUUAAUCUGUAUAUUCCCCCUUUUUGAUGACGUCAUCAAUAUUUGCUGUCAACCUCGUUUUCAAAAUGGCGGGUGUUGAACAUUUUCAUGUCAAUAUAUGAUUGCUUUCUUGACAUUGGUGACUGUAUGGUGUAUAGUAUUUAACAUACAUUAUUUGUAAAUACAUUAUUGAAUAAAUUUGAUGAUGUUUUA